AUGGACAAUGAAAUAGUGUCACAGAUAAUCUUAAGCUGUCAAUCUCAAUGUCUUCGCAGAAGAGCCCUGCGAGAGACAAUGACCCUCGACCAACUAUUAACCAUUGGCCGUUCUUUUGAGACAAGUGAGCGUGAAGCUGAUUUAGUUGAAGCCGGUCGUCAAGAAGCCACUUAUGCAGUCAGUGAUAGAGGCAGGCCAGGAAAUUAUAAGCAGUCAUAUCCCAAUCACCAUGAUCAACGCCGCCCAAGCAAGCAGCACCCAUCUUCAGGUCAACAAUCACAGCCUCAACGCCGGCAACCACAACAAGGUAAUCGUAAUUGCUGGUUUUGCGGAGGUCCUUUCCCACACAAAACAACCUGCCCAGCCACCGGAAAAGAAUGUAGACACUGUAAGAAAAUGGGACAUUUUGCGUCAGUUUGUCGCUCAGCAAAAGCCAACGAAGCUAUACACACUGUUGAUCAAGAUGAUGACAACUCUGAGACUGAUGCAGGCUACGUAUUCGCUAAUCAUGCAAGUGCUUUUGUUAUCCACUCUGCCAACUUGCCUACCUGUCAGAUGAACAUUGGCAAUACAACCAUGACAGCCAUGAUAGAUUCUGGAGCAUCCGUCAAUGUUCUUGAUUCAAAGUCAUUCAAUCUACUCAAACAAGAUCAUCAUUCGUUCCAGAUGAGAAAGCCGAAAUCCAAAGUAUUCUCAUACGGCACUGCAACACCUUUGCCAGUACUCGGUGUUUUCUCUGCUGAUGUUACUGUCGGUUCCACAUCUUGUCCAGCAGACUUUCACGUAGUUGACACCGACACAUGUAACCUACUCUCGUAUAGAACAGCAGAGCAACUGAAGUUAAUCACUCUUAACACCGAUCAUGUUACGUGUAACAUACAGUCAGCACCAGAACGGAUGAUGCAGAAAACAGAACAAACAACAGGCCAUGAAAACGUCUUUAGCCAGUAUACUUUCUUAUUCGAUGGCAUUGGGAAAAUCAAGGAUGUUCAAAUCAAACUCCACAUUGAUCCAGAUGUGCUCCCAAAACAACAGAAGCAUCGCCGCAUUCCAUUCCACACUCGAAAGGACGUGGAAAAAGAGCUCCAGAGACUUGAAGACCUGGACAUCAUAGAAAAGAUUGAUGGUCCUACCCCAUGGGUCAGUCCAAUCGUAGUAGUACCGAAACCCUCAGGAGCAGUAAGAAUUUGUGUUGACAUGCGUCAAGCAAAUAAAGCAAUAAAGAGAGAGCGACACCCCAUGCCUACUCUAGAAGACAUCAUAGCAGAUUUGAACGGUGCAUCCGUAUUCAGCACACUCGAUAUGACUGCUGGCUAUCACCAGUUUGAACUCGCACCCGAAGCACGACAUGUCACAACUUUUAGCACUCAUGUCGGUCUCCGUCGCUACAAGCGUUUGAUGUUCGGUGUAAACGCAGCUUCAGAAAUCUUCCAAACAGCCGUAUCACAACUCCUCACAGGCCUUGCUGGAUGCAAGAAUAUGUCCGACGACAUCAUAGUAUACGGUAAAGACAAACUGGAGCACGAUAGAAACCUCAAGGCGGUACUCGAUAGACUUCAGAGUAACAAUGCAAAACUCAACAAAGACAAGUGCAAUUUUGCCCAGUCAAAGUCCGCUUCUAUGGGCAUAUCUUCAGCAAGGAUGGUCUCGCUCCUGACCCAAAGAAGAUCGAUGCACUCAUAA